AUGCAGAACCUUUUUCUCUCUGCUCUGGCCUUCAGUGUCGCAGCCGAUGCCUAUGGCUCAGGGGCUGCCGGCUGGGACGCGGCUUAUUCAAAGGCCCGAGCGGUCCUUCCCAAGCUGAAUCAGACCGAAAAAGUCGGGAUUGCCACUGGCGUCGGUUGGGAAGGAGGGCCCUGCGUGGGCAACACUUAUCCAGCUAGCUCGAUCAACUAUCCCUCUUUAUGUCUACAGGACUCACCCUUGGGAAUUCGCUUUGCCAAUCCGGUCACGGCUUUCCCCGCCGGGAUCAACGCCGGAGCAACUUGGGACCGUAGUCUCCUGUACGCGCGCGGUGUUGCCAUGGGCGAGGAAGCCAAAGGUCUGGGCGUGCACGUCCAGCUAGGACCAGUCGCUGGGCCUCUAGGAAAGAAUCCCAAUGGCGGUAGGAACUGGGAAGGGUUCUCGGUCGACCCGUAUCUCAGCGGAGUUGCCAUGGAAGAGACAAUCCAGGGUAUGCAAGAUUCGGGCGUUCAGGCCUGCGCCAAGCACUGGCUUGGGAACGAGCAAGAGCACAACCGCGAUACCAUGAGCUCUAACAUCGGCGACCGCGCGACGCAUGAGUUGUAUGUAUGGCCGUUCAUGAACGCAGUUCGGGCAAAUGUCGCGUCCGUCAUGUGCUCCUAUAACAAAUUGAACGAGACUUGGGCAUGUGAGAGUGAUGCUAUCCUGAACGAUCUAAUGAAGGACGAGCUAGGUUUCCCUGGCUACAUUAUGACCGAUUGGAAUGCGCAGCACACUAGUGUCAACAGUGCUUUGGCUGGACUCGACAUGACCAUGCCUGGCAGUGAUUUUAAUAGCCCGCCCGGCAGCAUAUUCUGGGGACCAAAUCUCGUGCAGGCCGUUGCUAAUGGCUCUGUACCUCAGGCGCGUCUGGAUGACAUGGCAACGCGUAUCCUGGCAGCUUGGUAUCUUCUUGGUCAGGAUCAAGGCUACCCCGAGGUGACUUUCAGCUCUUGGAAUGGCGGAAAAGCCGCUGCCGAUGUAACAGGAGACCAUGCCACUGUCGCCCGCACCGUGGCCCGUGAUUCGAUUGUCCUAUUGAAGAAUCAGGAACAUACUCUGCCUCUACGGCAACCUAAAAGCCUGGCUAUUAUUGGGCAAGAUGCCAUCGUCAAUCCCAAUGGUCCCAAUGCAUGUGGAGACCGCGGCUGCAAUACCGGCACGCUAGCUAUGGGCUGGGGCAGUGGCACAUCGGAGUUUCCCUACCUCGUUGGUCCUCUCGACGCAAUCCAAGUUCAGGCCAGAAAGGAUGGUACGAACAUUAUCCAGAGUACGACCGACAAUACCACGGCUGCUGUCUCGGCUGCUGCAUCGGCGGAGACUGCUGUGGUUUUCAUUAACGCAGACAGCGGUGAAGGUUACAUUACAGUGGAGGGCAACGUUGGUGACAGGAACAAUCUCGAUCCCUGGCACAACGGAAACGAGCUUGUCAAGUCCGUCGCAGCAGUGAACAGCAACGUCAUCGUAGUCGUGCAUAGUGUGGGGCCCAUUAUCCUAGAGACCAUCCUAGCGCAGCCCUCAGUGAAAGCAAUUGUCUGGGCCGGGCUACCAGGUCAAGAAAGCGGAAACGCCCUGGUUGACGUGCUCUAUGGCAGCACCUCUCCAAGCGGUAAGCUUCCUUACACGAUUGCCAAGCAGUUUUCAGACUACGGGGCCGGCUGGAACAGUGGGCUCGAUGACAAUUUCGUUGAAGAUUUGUUUAUUGACUACCGCCACUUCGACAAGAACGGCAUCGACCCGCGCUACGAGUUUGGCUAUGGCUUAUCGUAUACGACUUUUAAUUACACUGGACUUGUGGUUAGCGUUGCUGCCACAGCUGGGCCAUCAAAUGGACGAAUUGUCCCUGGCGGGGCAGAGGAAAUUUUCGAGUCGGUCGGCACUAUCUCUAUCGGUGUCGAAAACACUGGCGAGGUAGCUGGUGCUGAGGUUGCUCAGCUCUAUCUUGGCCUGCCGGACUCCGCCCCAAGUACUCCCCCCAAGCAGCUGCGAGGGUUCCAGAAGUUGAAUCUCCAGCCGGGAGAGCCGGGAACAGCUACUUUCGAGCUCACUCGGCGAGACUUGAGCUACUGGGAAGUGCAGACACAAAAGUGGGUUGUACCUAGUGGUACCUUCAUUGUCUAUGUUGGAACCUCCAGUCGGGAUAUUCGUGAGGAUGGAAAGUUCACUGUCACUUAG